AUGUCAGACCAGAGCAAGAGGCUGUAUGAUCACAUCUGUCUUACUGUCUAUGUCAUCUUCUGGUCAACCUCUGUUUUAUUAGGUUUCUUUUCCGAUUCGACCAACUACUUAUUCAUUGCUUCUCUCGCACGCAAACUCGAAAGCUUCCGCAGCCAAGCGGCGGUGCUGUUCCACGCGGUGGUUGUUCUUAUUCACGGCACUGUCUUCAUAGUUCUGACUGCAAAGUUCAGCAAGUGGAGCGCGGGAUGGAACAUGGGUUUGGUUGUUUCGGUCUUGGAAGAAGACGAAGAUGGUCAAGUCAUUUAUGGAAGCGAUGCUCUGUCUCUUUCAGCUUGGUAUGGAAGAGGACAUGAGAAGCGUGAUCUCUGGAUGAUGCUGAUGUUCUUUCUCUUCGCUCUUGCCAUGAGGCUUCCAUGUUUGUAUUGCAAAUGCAGUGAGACUUCGAGUAGAAAUGGAGUGUUGUACACUGGUCUCUAUGUAGGCUUGAUUUGUGUUGGGAAUGUAGUCAAAUGGGUAGUGUGUGUGGUUUGUUACCAUGAUUAUAGAACUAGGGUUUUGGUGAAGAAGGGUGAUAUGGAACUUGGAUCACACGCUAAGUCUAUUGCUACAUAA